CUUGUAGCCUACCUCACAGGCUAGUUUUCCAUAGAGGAGAGGAGAACGUUUGUGGGUCUCCUUGUGGGCAGAGACGUCAGGGUAUAAAUAUAUCUAAAUAAUUCGGUAAAAACUUUCCUGGAAGGUAGGCCCAUUGAAUAAAGUGGGGUUUAGUUCUGAGAAGACUUGCUUAGGCUUCCUCCCUAAGCACGUUAAGCCUUUCAGUUGCCAAAGAGAGACAGUUGAUCCAAAGUUGAGAGUAGGGGAAGGCAACCAACACACCGAUAAUGGGGCUCAAGGGGCAGUAAGUGGUACAUGGUCCAGGUCCUUUGCAGUAACUGAGUCUUGGGUGGAUCCACAUUUUGAAGAACGGUGGGAAAUGGUUUGAUCGACCCAUCGUUGCUUGUGGCGUGCAGUACGCACCCUCGCCCGCUUUAAACAAGUUUUGCACGGGGUUUUUAAUACCUGCCCCUCCUAACAUCAAAAGCUUGCGCGACCUGUACAAAAAUUCUGUGCGAGGAGGAGCUGGCAGGUCGGUCCCUGGUGAGCUGUCAACGGCUUUCACUUCCGCAUGGAGGAAAAACAUCCCACCGUCAGUCUCCAGCUUUCCAGGAAAAGAGGGGAAAGAGAAAGCGGCUCCCGCUGUCUUUUCUUGUUCGUGGUACUUUCGCUUUCAUUCUCGGAGCGCGGCAGAGGAAGAAGGGCGGCACGACGGAAGCGAAACUUCUGGCUGGGCCAAGAUGUCCAAUAGUGUCUGCUGCAAAUUGGUGGACUACUUGGAAGAGCUGACAGAGGAGGAAUUCAAGAAAUUCAAGAUGCAUCUUGAAGACUACCCGCUUGAGGAAGGCUACAAGCCCAUUCGGCGCUGUAAGACAGAGAGGGCUGAUGCCAUUGAAAUUGCCCGGCUCAUGGUCCGAGCAUACGAGGAGGCCAAGGCCUUGCAGAUGACAGUCAGAAUCUUCGACAGAAUAAACAAGAAGAAUCUGUCAGCCAAAGUCCAACGGGAGAUGCCGGCACGUUUCUUCCAGCCUGUAAAACCAGUCUCCUUGAGCAAAGAAGAAAAACAAAAACAGCAAGGGGAGACAGAGUCAGCUAUCUACAACCGGCUCUUUGGGACUUCAAAGAAAGUGGAGGUGACACUGGAUCCAAAAACAGCUUUUCCCACACUUAUCCUUUCUGAAGACCGGAAGAGGGUCCAUUUGGGAGAAAGAGCCAAGCUUCUUCCAGACAACCCUGAGCGAUUCAAAUUUUCACCAUGUGUUCUGGGAGCAGAAGGCAUCACCUCUGGGACUCUGGAAUGGGUAGUGAACGUGGGAAAGGCUAAAGGCUGGUCCAUUGGUGCUGUCCAGGAAUCAAUAGAUAGAAAAUCGCACCUCUACAUAACAGCUAAACAAGGGUUUUGGGUACUACAGCUGACUGAGGGAGAGUACGAGGUCUCGACUACCCCUUUCACCACCCUUUUCCUUUGGAAAUCACCACAGAGAAUCAAAGUACACCUGGACUAUGACCGUGGCAUCCUCUCAUUUUAUGAUGGCGACUCCAUGGAACAUCUCUUUAGUUUCAAUUAUCCAUUUUCUGAGAGGAUGUUUCCCUUUUUUCAGGUCUGGGAUACAGAGAUCCCCUUGCAAAUCUGCCCUAGUGAUUCAUAGGGACAAACAUUCAAUAUAAUUUAGGACGGUCAAAGACUGGGAAUUUGAAUUUGGAAUUUAGGAUGGAUAAUUUAUCUCACCCUCCACUAGCUAUCCUGUCAUACAUGAAACUUAGGGUGGCUUAAGAAAGGUGAAUCCCCCCAUGCCUUUCAAGAUAUACUUAUGACUGACUUGAAGGUGAGUUGAAGGGCCUGUGUGAUUAGUUCUACACGUGCUUCCAGUAUUCAUAUAUUUAUGCAGCACUGUGUGAUCUUGCCCUGAACCAUCUUCCAUGACAUUAGCCAUCUGAGAAUGGGGCACUAUGGAUAUAAAAUCAGCAAAUAAUAAGUUACUCUGAAUUAAUAAAUAUUGAUGAAUUGAUGUGAAAUUCAAAGGUGAUCUGGAAUAUGAAAUAGAGAGCACCACUGCCACCCAGUCUCAUGGCUCCACUACAGACUCAGAACUUCAGAAUGCUGACAGAUUAGAAACUGGGUUGGCACAAGCUGAUUGGCUGGCCUUUAUAUCAUUCAUGAAGUCAUUUCCCCAGCCAAUCAUAUUUCAAACACUGGCUUUUGCUUUUUUUUUUUUAAAUGCUGUCUACAUUUCUAUGCUGCCUCUCAAUUGUAUGAUUCUCAAGGCAGUUCUCAAGGUGGUGUAUAAAAAUAAAACAAUCACGAUUGAUAAAGUAAAAGGAGCUGGCAAUAGA